CAAAGGGCCAAGGGAUGAGCGGGGACCCUCCAUCCCAAUGGCAUCGCCUCUUGGCCUGGAAUUGAAGACCCUGAGCAAUUGUCCCCAGGUGCCCCGGAGACCAGCCCCACUACGGGAGGGUGUGGAAAACGCCUGCUUCUCCCUGGAGGAACAUGACAUACAUUUCCAGAACUCUGCGGACUCCAGACUGGCCAGUCCUCCCAGCCCGGCUGGGGGUGUCUGCUCCAGGCCCCGAUCUCAGCGGGACGAUCUGUCUCUCCGUUCCGAAGAGGGAGCGGGUCUGGAGCCUGUGAGUCGCCCUGUGGAUUAUGGUUUCGUCUCUGCCUUGGUGUUCCUGGUGAGUGGGAUCCUCCUGGUGGUGACAGCUUACGCCAUCCCCCGUGAGGCCCGCGUCAACCCUGACACGGUGACAGCGAGGGAGAUGGAGAGGCUGGAGAUGUACUACGCGCGCCUGGGCUCGCACCUGGACAAAUGCAUCAUUGCGGGCCUGGGCCUGCUGACAGUGGGCGGCAUGCUUCUGUCGCUUCUGCUCAUGGUCUCGCUGUGCAAGGGGGAGCUGUACCACCGGCCCACCUGUGUCCCGGGCCGGGGAUCCCGGAAGACCUACGGCUCCAUUCAUCUGCGCAUGAGACAGCUCAAUGGGGACGGGGGCCAGACUCUGGUGGAACACGAGGUCGCCCAGGUCACGGAGACCAGCCACAACCUUCAGGGGUCUUAAGUCAGAACCCAACAUCUCUGGCUGCUUUAGCUCUGGGGUUUUCAGGCCUCCUACCCCCGUCAAGACUGAAUGCCACAGGGAACUCCCUGGAAGGAGAUUUGGAAGGGGGAAGCCCGUGGCCCAACCAGGCCCUACUUGGGAGAGCAGCCCCUGCUGUUUCGUAGCUUGAGGUUUUGUGUUUUGUGGAAGGUGUCUUUGAGUGUGGCACCUGCUGCAGCUCAAAAUACACACCUUUGGAAACUGCUCUAGUGGGCUGAGGUGUCUUGGGGUUUCUGAGGAGG